AAGAACAGAAAAAAAGCAUCAGCAAGUCAUUGAAAUGAAGUUCAUGGUUAAAUAUGAUUCCAUUAACCUCAAAUUUCCAGCUCAUGCCACCACCUUCCAAGUUGUAACCAGAGUUUGGGGACGACAAGAAUAUAGAGAGAGAGAUAGAGAUAGAGAGAAAGAAAGAAACAAAGAAAGAAAAAGAAAGUAUUUUUGCCACCAAAAACUGGAAAACUUUUUUUCCUUUUUCAUUUGGGACCUCGAAAAUCCUUGUUGGCUGUUGCCUCUAUAAAUCAAGUGGGUCAGAGUUUGUUGUUGUUUUUCGAGAGGUCCUACAAUCCCACUUGUUAGUCCUUUGCUCCUUCUCUCUCUCUCUCUCUCUACCCUCUGUUUAGUGUUUACCUUCACUACUUGUUUUUAAAUAUAUAUAUAUAUUUUCCAAACUACUCCCCUUUUCUAUGCUUUCUUCUCUACUAUCUAUAUCCGAAAAAGGAAGAUCCAUUCUUUUUCUUAAUCUGGGUAUUGGAAUUUUUUGUUGUUUUUUAUUUAGUUGUUGAAGUUGAAAGAAAGUGUUUACUUCUUUGUAUGCUGUUAAACUCUUCUUUUUUUUUUUUUGGUGGAUUUCUUUGUAUGAGGAAAGUGGGGGUGUUUCCUUUGAACUGAAGUAUCUGGGUCUUUCUGAUAUUUGACUAACUUUGCUUGGUUGUUUUGUGAUUAUGGUGGUUUUGGAUUUUGGAUUUGAUGGGUUGAUUUUUUGGGAAAUCUCGAGAGGUGGAAGGUAAUUGGGUUUUUUUUAAAAAAAGGGGGUUCUUAAAUUUGUUUUUGGAUUAGUUUGAACUUUAGAUUUCAUGCUUGGUCCAAGACAAUGGAGAUGUUUAUGGCCAGAUUUUUAUUUCUUUAGCAUUGGCUGCUAUAUCUUAGUGAAAUAAUAUGAAGAACUUCCUCAAGAAACUGCAUAUGAUGUCUAAUCAAUCGGAAGAUGUACAAGGGUCAACUUCAUCGAAGAGUAACAAGUCCAGUGAUGUAUCAUCAUCUAGUGAUAGGCCUUUACAGUCAAGGCCUCAUCAUAGUCCUGACAACAAUAAACCAUUAUCUGGUCUUUCCAAUUGGUUAAAUUCAGUUGCUAAUAGAAAAAGUCCCAGUCCACCAUCUUCUUCAAAUGUGAAGAGGGAGGAAACUAUGGACCCUGCUGAUUUAGCUACUACUAGUGCUUUAGAGGCUGCUUUGGAUGCAGUAAGGCGUGAUUCAGGGUCUAGUAACUCAAGGGAUCCUGAUGUAGAAGAGGAAUAUCAAAUACAACUGGCUUUGGAGUUGAGUGCCAGAGAGGAUCCUGAGGCAGCUCAGAUUGAAGCUGUUAAGCAAAUUAGUUUAGGCUCUUGUGCUCCAGAGAAUACCCCAGCUGAAGUUAUUGCAUAUAGAUAUUGGAAUUAUAAUUCCCUUGAUUAUGAUGACAAGAUCCUGGAUGGCUUUUAUGAUCUGUAUGGAAUUCUAACUGAAUCCACUUCAGAAAGAAUGCCUUCACUUCUUAUUCUGCAAGGGACGUCGGUGUUGGACAAUGUCUCUCAGGAAGCAGUUUUGGUCAAUAGGGCUUUUGAUGCAAAUUUGUUGAAACUUGAACGAAAAGCACUAGUGAUGACUGCAAAGUUAAGAUCAGAACCUUUGGCUUUUGUAAGCAGCAAUCUGGUGCAAAAACUUGCAGUUCUAGUUUCUGAUUAUAUGGGUGGACCUGUUGCUGAUCCAGACAAUAUGUCACGAGCCUGGAGAAGUCUUAGUUACAGUUUAAAAGCUACCCUGGGCAGCAUGGUUUUGCCUCUUGGCUCUUUAACAAUUGGGUUGGCUCGUCAUCGUGCAUUGUUAUUCAAGGUUUUGGCUGACAGUGCUGGCAUUCCUUGCCGGUUGGUGAAGGGUCAGAGAUACACAGGUUCUGACGACGUAGCAAUAAAUUUUGUGAAGAUUGAUGAUGGAAGGGAAUACAUUGUUGACCUAAUGGCUGAUCCUGGCACACUUAUUCCUUCUGAUGUAGCUGGAUCUCAUGUGGAAUAUGAUGAUUCUUUCUUUUCCAGUCCUUUGUCUAGAGACAUUGAUUCAUCUCAUAUGGCCUCUUCUAGUAGUGGGGUUGGGAGUUCUAUUGAAGAUAAUUCUGAAUUUGGGACAAUGGAGAGGAGAUCCAGGUUAAAAAAUUUUGCUGCUGGAGGAAACCAAUCUGAUGAAAGAGGUGAUUUUAAUGCUUUUGUAGAUUUAUCUGGGGCAACUACAAAACUGGAGCAAUCCAAGGAACCCAUAGAAGACCUGAAAGUCCCUUACAACAUGGAGAAGGUGCUUGUUCGAGAGCUUCCAAACAGACCUAGUUAUCCUUAUGCACAUGCGAGAUCUCCUUCCUGGACAGAAGGUAUUAGCUCUCCUGCCGUGCGUAGGAUGAAGGUGAAAGAUGUCUCACAGUAUAUGAUUGAUGCUGCCAAGGAGAAUCCACAAUUAGCUCAAAAGCUUCAUGAUGUAUUGCUUGAGAGUGGUGUUGUCGCUCCUCCCAACUUAUUUACUGAGAUUUAUUCCGAGCAGUUAGCUAGAUCGACUGUUGAAGUCAGGUUGUCAGCUGAGACUAAGGAUGAAAGCAGACAGAGCACUGGGCUUCGUGAAGCUAAGAAUCAAAAUGAUUUUGGACCUUCUCAUUGCUUGCCUCCUCUACCCCAUCGCAAAGUAUAUGCUAAAGCAAGCUCUCCUCAUAACCAACCUGAGCAUCUUAUACAUGGGGAAGGCCUAAGGAUCACUUAUCCAGUGGAUACCAGGGAAGCCAUUGGACCUCCUGUGUCAUCACAAGUUGAUGCAGUUCCCAUUCAAUAUUCCAGAAAUGUUCCAGUUGCUGCAGCAGCGGCAGCAGCGGCUGCUGUUGUUGCAUCUUCAAUGGUAGUUGCUGCAUCAAAGUCUUGCACUGAUUCAAAUGUUGAACUUCCUGUAGCAGCUGCUGCUACUGCUGCUGCUGCUAUGGUGGCAACUAGUGCAGCGGUGUCUAAGCAAAAUGAGCAUAAUGAUGUAGUUGCUGACUCAGCUGGCAGUGAGCCACGAGGUAGUGGUGAAAGGGAGCAUGAUGCUUUGGGGGUCAAUUCUGAAGGUGAGAGAAUAUCUGAUAAAUCAGCUGGUAAUGAUAGUUCAAAGUCGGAUGUUGCACUUGAAGAUAUUGCAGAUUGUGAGAUUCCAUGGGAGGAUAUCACCUUGGGCGAGCGUAUUGGACUUGGAUCAUAUGGUGAGGUUUAUCGUGGAGACUGGCAUGGGACUGAAGUUGCUGUGAAAAAGUUCCUGGAUCAAGACAUAUCUGGGGAAUUACUUGAAGAAUUUAAAAGCGAGGUCCUAAUCAUGAAAAAAUUAAGACAUCCCAAUGUUGUUCUUUUCAUGGGAGCUGUAACUCGUCCUCCAAACCUUUCAAUUGUAACAGAAUUUCUUCAUAGAGGUAGUUUGUAUAGGUUACUCCACCGGCCAAACAAUCAAUUAGAUGAGCGGAGGCGUUUGAGAAUGGCACUUGAUGCUGCUCGGGGAAUGAAUUACCUGCACAAUUGCACUCCGAUGAUAGUACACCGUGAUUUGAAGACCCCAAAUCUUUUAGUUGAUAAAAAUUGGGUUGUAAAGGUUUGUGAUUUUGGUUUAUCACGGAUAAAGCACAGCACAUAUCUAUCAUCGAGGUCAACUGCAGGGACGGCUGAGUGGAUGGCUCCAGAAGUACUACGAAAUGAACCUUCAAAUGAGAAGUCUGAUGUAUAUAGCUUCGGAGUUAUCUUAUGGGAGCUCUCUACAUUACGACAACCAUGGGGAGGGAUGAAUCCAAUGCAAGUUGUUGGUGCAGUAGGAUUUCAGCAUCGUCGACUUGACAUUCCUGAUGACAUGGAUCCGACUAUUGCAGAAAUUAUUAGAAGGUGUUGGCAGACGUUUUGAGUAGGGAGAGAUACUAGAAGAAAGAAAAACGUGUAGAGAGAUUGGAUAAUUUGUUCUCCCUCCAUAUGUUAGAAUUUAUCAGAUUCUUUUAUGAAGUUUUGCUGUAAAAAAAAAUUCUGUAGAAGUUUGAUAGUUUUGUUUGACACUUUUCAGUGGUCAAUGGAUUGAUUUCGUCAAUUCAAAAUGCAGUCAAUCUGUUGGUUCCAUGGUAUCCCCUAGGUUUAUAUGCUAGUAACUAUCAUUUGAGGUAAAAUUUAUGAUGUUUUAUUCAGCAAUAGUGUUCCCAUAUAUAUACAAAGAUUAGUUUCCCUCUAACAAUAUUAUUAAAUGAAUACAGGAAGUCAAGAAAGAAAUAAGAGAAUAAAUCAGAGAAUUUAACUCCUAAAAUUAUAAUUAUUGUCCUAAAAUAUCUCCUAACUACUUGUUUCCUCACAUUGCCCUUGAUGUGGUUUAGAGAAGAAAACAAGCCUAAUUAAAUAAAUAGGUUUGUACAACGAGUUAGAAAAGUUGGAACUUUAGAAAGUUGGAACUUUAGAAAACAUAGGGUUAUAGAAAACCUCGAGAUUUCUUUACUAAUUUAAAGAUAAUAAUUAGAAAAGUUGUUGAUAAGGGAGCAAGCGGAAGACAAUCGUAUUCAAAUUGUUUGACUCAAGAAAGAAAGAUUCGGAUCUGACCUGAAAAGAAGAAACCAAAUAAAUUUAGAAAAACAAGAAAAACAAAGAAAAUAACUAAAAUAAAAAAUUUAAGAAUAAAAAAUAAAUAAUUAAAAUAAUAAAUAAACAGAUAGAAUAAGAAGUGGAAGAUGGAUAGAAUAAA